UCAAUAACACAGACUCUUCGGAAUUCAUAACGUAAACACAAUUAGAGCAGGCGACGAGUUUUUCGCGGAAGACUUAAAAUCUUAAGUGCGUUUUAUGAUUCUUAUGAUUCACUAAAUAUUCGCGCUAGACUGUCCUUGCCCUGUGCACUGGAGAGAACCCAUCGCAAGAGAUGACGUGUUAUUCGCCCUAUAAAAAGGAAGCGCGAAUAUCGCUAGGGGAUCAGUCAAAAAUCAGUCCUCUAGUCGAAUCAGACUAGUUGUGUCAAUUGAAGAAGAAGCUGCCAAAACAUCCUGUGCCACCAUCUGAGGCCAGAAGCUAUCAGCCCAAAACAGCUUGAUUGUUCUAUUGCAUAGUCAUGAGCUUGACGUCAAUUCGCGCGAAUAAUGCGCACACGUGAUUGGUGCAAAGUUACGAGGCAACCUGAAGUUUAUUAUUCUAUCAAGACGGCGAUGUUUGUUACCACAACAAUCACAACCUAACCUCUUCAGGAAAGUUAGAAACUGAUUAUUUGAGCUUUAAAAAAGUUAUUUUCUAUGAAAUAAUCAAAUAUGAAUAAGAAUGAGCGCCCGUGGUUCAAGAAGAAGCCUCCACAAAUUAACUUAAACCUGGUUAGUGCCGCUGUUAACUUUAACAAUGAACCAAAAUAUGGCUAUUACGGAUUUAAACUUUACUUCCCUGAAGCAGACGAUACCAAAGAUGAGACCCUUCUUAAAUAUGUGUUGCACUUUGAAAAUUUCAUUAAACGUCACAGGGACAAUUUCUCAUUACCUGAAAUAGAGGCCCAAAAAUGCUUUGUGAUUGAUUACAAACUUAUAACUUCAAAGGAGGAUGAACUGUGUGAGAGAUGGAAAGAUUUAGAAACGCAGAUAAUUACGAACACAGAAUUUUGUUUAAACUGCAUGGGUUUAGCCAUGCACCAGUGUAUCAUGGACUAUGAAAAUAUAGAUAACGAUUCGGAAGAUCGCACCUUUAUGAAAAAAUGUUUGGGGGUAAUUAGGGCCAGAUUGAUCAAUCAUGAACCCAUACAACAAAUCAGAGACAUACGCGUGAAUAAUUAUGGACGAUUAAUUUCACUCAAAGGCACUGUGAUAAAGGCAUCUAAUGUUAAAAUUAUGUACCAAUACAUGGCGUUUUCAUGUGCGAUUUGUACAGGAAUUCAAGUUCUUAAACAGCCAGACAACAUUUUCACUGCCCCAAAUAAAUGUUUAACAGACGGUUGCAAAGCCCAUUCAAAUUUUCAAGCUUUGCAUUCGUCCUCCUUCACCCGAACAAUUAGUUGGCAAUACAUAAAAAUUCAAGAAUUAAUAGGAAAUGAUGAGUUUGAAAACGGCCGUGUCCCUAGAACUUUGGAAUGUGAAUUGACGGAAGAUCUUGUGAAUUCUUGUGUUCCAGGAGAUGACAUAACGAUAACAGGCGUGAUAAAAGUGCGUAAUAAUGCAGAAGCUUCGAACAAAAAUAAUCAAAAUAGUGUUUUUCUCCUUUAUUUGGACGUGGUUUCAGUUGUAAACAACAAAAAUGAAAAUGAGGGUACUUACGGAGCUUCUGAACGGAUAAAAUUCAAUAUAACUGACUAUUACGCAAUUCAAAAAAUCCAUGCAGAGCCGUAUCUGUUUCGUUUCCUCGUCCACUCGCUGUGCCCCACCAUUUACGGCCACGAAAUCGUCAAAGCAGGCCUCCUUCUUGCCCUCUUUGGCGGCACAAAAUCGCCGAAAUUCCGAGCCGAGUCUCACGUUUUGAUGGUUGGCGACCCUGGACUCGGUAAAUCCCAGAUGCUACAAGCUUGUGUGAACGUGGCCCCUAGAGGUGUGUACGUUUGUGGUAAUACAAGUACAGGGUCGGGAUUGACUGUUACUUUGACUAGAGAGGCAAAAGGCGAAUAUUCGCUAGAAGCAGGGGCGCUUAUGUUGGCCGAUCAGGGAUGUUGUUGUAUAGACGAGUUUGAUAAAAUGCCCACACAACAUGCUUGUCUUUUAGAAGCUAUGGAGCAACAGAGUAUCAGUAUCGCUAAGGCAGGAAUCGUUUGUACUUUACCAACGCGUGCCACUAUUCUAGCGGCUGCAAAUCCAGCAGGGGGACAUUACAAUAAAGCUAAAACGAUUGCAGAAAAUUUGAAAAUUGGUUCUCCAAUGUUGUCGCGAUUUGAUUUGAUUUUUAUACUUCUCGAUCAGCCGAAUAAGGAGUUGGAUAUGAGGCUAUCGGAACAUAUCCUCGCUUUGCAUACUAGUCGAAAUGGCUCAAAUACGUCGAGGAAUCCAAGGUUGAUGUUGCAACAUGCUAACAACUCCUUAAGGGGGCGCUUGUCUCUUCAAAACGAGGAGGAAAUUGAUUCUUUAUCCCACUCCUUAUUCAGAAAAUAUAUAGCUUAUGCUCAAAAAUAUGUCAAUCCACAUCUAUCACAUGAAGCUAAACAAGUAUUGAAAGAUUUUUAUUUGCAAUUGCGGAAGCAGUUCCAAAGCGGAGACAGUACCCCUAUUACAACCAGACAACUAAAUUCUUUGAUAAGACUGACUCAGGCUAGAGCUAAGGCUGAACUAAGAGAAGAAGCCACUAGAGAGGACGCUUUAGACGUUGUAGAAAUUAUGAAAGAAACGUUGGUAGACAUAUUUACUGAUAAUGAUGGAACUUUGGACACCACUCGCUCUCAAAAUGGGGCAGGAAUGAGCACCAAAAAUCAAAUCAUGAAAUUAUUAAGAUUGAUGCAGCAAAAGGCUGAAGAAGAAAGUAAAUCAAUUUUUACAACAAAUGAAAUCAGAGAUUUAUCUAAAGACGCCGGAAUUAACAAUUCAAAGUUUUACAAUGUCUUACAAAGUUUGAAUAUCCAAGGUUUUAUUUUGAAUAAAGGCGCCAAUAGAUAUCAACUUGUCACCGCUGAUUUGUAAUUAUGUAAUUUUGUGAAUAAAAACUAUACUUUUUUAAAUAA